GUGUUUUUCUGUAGAGUAGUUUAUAUGAUCGUUUCCUGACAGGAAACGGUUUUUCUAAAGUAGAGAUAUUAUAAAAAUAUGUUUUCAUCUGCCUUGAAAAUUCAUAUGCAAAGGGUAUGCAUUGGUGAUCUUUUAUGUUCUGUUUGAUGUGUUUAUCCUCUUAGAUUUGCUAGUCUAUAAGUAAAAAGUUAUGUAAGAUUGAUUAUUGACACUGGCUGAAGUUUGGUGUAACUAGAGAUAACUUCCUAAAUUUUGACUGUGACAGACACAAUGAAGCAGUUUUGUGAUAUAGAUUAUUGGGGUGCAAAUGGAUCUCUGUAUCACAAAUUAGCCUACAUCUGUGUAGUCUUCAAUUUGAGUUCCAGCUGAAAGCCAAAAUACUGUAAAUGCUUUGUUAUUUUCACUAUUAGCAAUGAAUUCAAUAGUUUGUGAACUUUAGCAGAUGAACAUUUUUCAAGACUAGGGCUGGGCAUAGAUUAUGACAGUCAAAUCUUAAUAAAAUAAGAGCUGCUAACAAGCAGAUUUUUAACCUGAGGCUUAUAAAAUUCAAUUUCUGUUUAGAAACUGACUCAGAUAGCUUUCUGUCUGGUCUCAUGGUGAAUUGCCCAGCCCUAAUCAAGUGUGAACAAAAUUAGAACUGUAUAAACCAGAAUGAUAUAAAUGAAUUUUAGUUGAUAAAUGUCAUCUUAUAAUUUGUCUUUUGAAUUGUCUAACAUUAGUAAGCUUACUUUUGUUUUUUCCCUCACUGUGCAACUUUUCCAGGUUUGGACCUUAUGAGUCUUACGACUCCAGGUCUUCUCUGGGUGGGCGAGAUCUGUACAGAUCUGGCUAUGGUUUUAAUGAACCCGAACAAAGCCGCUUCGGAGGUAGUUAUGGUGGUCGAUUUGAGAGCUCCUACCGGAAUAGCCUUGACUCUUUCGGAGCCUGCACCUGUAGGCUCUCGGGGGAGAGGAACGCCUGCUUAUCCUGAAAGUACGUUUGGAAGCAGAAACUAUGAUGCUUUUGGAGGACCAUCAACAGGCAGAGGCCGAGGCCGAGGACAUAUGGGUGAUUUUGGAAACAUUCAUAGACCCGGAAUUGUUGUUGACUAUCAAAACAAACCCACCAAUAUGACAGUUGCUGCUGCAAGAGGAAUAAAGAGAAAAAUAGUACAGCCAUUUAAUAAGCCCGGUGGAACCUUUAUCAAGAAAGCCAAGCUAGCAAAGCCGACGGAGAAGGUGAAUCUCAGUAAGUCGCCUACAAAAACUGAUCCUAAAAACGAAGAAGAAGAAAAACGACGGAUUGAGGCUCGACGAGAGAAGCAAAGGCGCCGAAGAGAAAAAAACAGUGAGAAAUACGGAGAUGGGUACAGAAUGGCAUUCACAUGUUCAUUUUGUAAAUUUCGAACAUUUGAAGAAAAAGACAUUGAACUACAUCUGGAAAGUUCUUCACAUCAGGAAACAUUAGAUCAUAUUCAGAAACAAACCAAGUUUGAUAAAGUAGUUAUGGAGUUUUUGCAUGAAUGCAUGGUAAAUAAAUUCAAGAAAACAUCUCUUCGUAAGCAACAGGCAAGUAGUCAACCAGAAAUAAUCAAAAUAAUUGAAAAAGAUAUUAUGGAAGGUGUCACUGCAGAUGAUCACAUGAUGAAAGUGGAGACUGUUCAUUGCAGUGCUUGCAGUGUCUAUAUUCCUGCGUUACACAGUUCAGUCCAGCAGCAUUUGAAGUCUCCUGAUCAUAUCAAGGGGAAACAGGCUUAUAAGGAACAAAUAAAAAGAGAGAGUGUCUUAACUGCUACAAGCAUUUUAAAUAAUCCUAUAGUGAAAGCACGCUAUGAACGUUUUGUUAAGGGUGAGAAUCCUUUUGAAAUUCAAGACCAUUCUCAAGAUCAGCAAGGAGAUGAUGAAGAUGAAGAAAAGAUAGAUGAACCUGUGGAAGAGGAGGAUGAAGAAGAGGAAGAAGCAGAGGAAGAAGCAGAGGACGUGGAGGAAGCCGAAGCUGCAGAGGAUGUGGGAGAAGCUGAACCAGUAGAGGAAGUUGGAGCAGUGGGGGCAGCGUGGGAAGAGGAGGGAGGGGGGGAAGAGGAGGGAGGGGAAGAAGCAAAGGAAGAGCCUAUUGACUUCACUGUUGAAUAGCUUGAAGAAAAUUAAAUGUAAAGCAUUAGAUUUAAAAAGAGCUUUAAAUCAGUGCUAAUAUGGAAAAGGGUAAGAAUUUAAUAUUUUAAAAUGAGUUAAUAUUCAUGUUGCAUGCAUUCCACACAUUAAAAUUUGUUUUAUAUCAUUUCUAAAUGUUUGACAUUUGUUUAAUAAAAUGAAGGUAAGACUAUUUUAGUUUAGUUUUUAUAGCUACCAAACAGAUCUGAUAAAUUGUUUGUAUAAUUUUUAAGCUUGAUUUUUAUUACUUUAUUGAUGUUAAGAUGAAUCUAGAUACGUAUUGUUAGUGUAUCUGUUCUAAUCAUUUGAACUCAAAAGCUGCUCUUGGGAGUGAAUAUUCAAGUGUGCAUUAAUUUUUUGAAUACUUACCCUAGAAGAGAGAAAUUGGGCAAGUAUUUUGUGCUCUGAUUGUGUAUUUUUUUACUGCAUUGGACAUUGAAUAGUAAUUUGCGUUAAGAUACGCUUAAAGGCUUUUUGUGACCAUGUUUCCCUUUGUAGCAAUAAAAUGUUUUUUAUGAAAACUUUCUCCCUGGAUUAGCAAUUUAAAUGAAACAGUUCAUCAAUUAAAUGACUAUUUACAAAUCAAGAUUUGCCUUAAUGUAUGAAUUCAGUUCAAAAGUAUUAAUAAUCGAAGACUUGAAGAAAUUUUCUUGGUCAUCAUAUUUUUUAAAACUAUGGCUAAAUAUUUUUUUUAAGCAUUUCAAAUGGAGGUCAGUCUGUAAACUGACCUUGUUUAUACUUGUUUCAUUUGUUCCUUUUCUCUGUGCCUGUGUCAAAUCUUGAAAUCUUCCUGAAAAUACAUUUGAAUACAAAUAAG